AUGGGUGAGCGCGCGGCGUGCGAGCUAGCGGUGGACACGUUCGUCCCAGCCCAACAUCCGACAGUCACAACUCGGUGUCAACUGAAACCGGGAGCACAGAAACGGGCGGGCACACGAAAGGAGGGGACGGGCCCAAAGUGGGGGCCAAGCGUGGAAUCUCGUCACCCGAUUGGCGGCGGGAAACGAGGCGUGCCCGGGGUGGAGAAACGUAAUCGAGCAAUAAGCCGGGGUUGCGGGGUAAGCGCAAUGAGGCACCGCGACCUCGGCCCAGAGCAGGAGAAGGAACAGGGGGCAAGCUACGGGAGUCUGUGUACGGGAAUGUCGAUGGGCUGGACGUCGCCCGUGCUGCCGCAGCUGCAGCGGCUGGAAAGCUCCCCGCUGCCGCAGGUGCCUACACUGCAGCAGGAGUCAUGGGUAGCCUCGCUUCUAGUGCUCGGAGGACUUUUGGGUCCUCUAAUAACCGUGCCGCUGUCCCGGCACGUGGGUCGGCGGUGGAUAAUCAUGGGGUCAAACAUACCCCUGCUGCUGGGGUGGCUGCUGGCCGGCGUCACCACUAACCUGGAGACAAUGUACGUGGCGCGAGUCAUGUGGGGCUGCGCCACGGGUAUGAUGUUCGCCACUGUGCCCAUUUAUAUCGGGGAGAUUGCUGAGGACAAAAUCCGAGGAGCUCUCAGCGCUUUCUUCCUGCUGUUCAUCAACGUUGGCUUCCUACUGGCGUACGCUAUAGGCCCGUUCACCUCCUACUGGGGGCUGACGGCCACUGGUGGUAUACUGUCAUUGCUGUACGUACCCUGCACUUGGUACAUACCUGAAACUCCAUUCUACUUGGUUUAUAAAGGAAAAAUGGAAGAAGCAUCGUCAAUACUGCAAUCUCUUCGUGGAACAUCCAAAGAGGCUGUUCAAGCUGAGUUGGAAGGGUUACAAACGGUCGUGACGCGGGAGUACAAGGAACCACCUAAGAUAAAAGACCUCUGGGCUUCUAAGGGCAAUGUUAAGGCUUUAGGUAUCUGCGUGUUCCUAGCGAUGUUGCUUCAGCUGUCAGGAAUCGACGUGCUCCUAUUUUACAUGGAGGAACUGCUCAGCAAGGUCGGCACCAACCUCUCGCCCUCCGAUGGUACCAUCAUCAUGGGCGUUGUUCAGGUGGUGACUAGCUGCAUCACGCCAUUAGUGGUAGACCGACUUGGCAGGAAACUGCUCAUGUGGACCACCUCUCUUGGUCUCACCAUCUUCUUAACCCUGAUCGGCGUGUACGCACUGAUGGACUCAUACUACAAGUAUGACGUGACACACAUCGCGUUCCUGCCGCUCUUGUGUCUCAUCGUAUACAUGAUACUCUUCACGUUAGGGGUCGGUCCAGUUCCCUGGAUAUUAGUAGCAGAGAUGUUCCCCGUGAAGACUAAGUGUUUAGCCGGAGGUAUCUGCUCCUUCAUGUGCUGGCUGGCCGGCUUCGUGUGGACCAGGUUCUUCCGCGACGUGGCGGCCUCGUACGGCAUCUACACUGCGUUCUGGAUCCUCGCCGUCUGCUGCGGGAUCGGGUUCAUUUUCUCUGCUACCUUACUGCCGGAGACUAAAGGCAAGACUUUCGACGAAAUACAGGAUAUGCUGAACAAUAGGUGA